UGGAGAGCCAGGAGGCCGCUCCGCCGCCGAGGGAUGUCCCGCGAGGGCGCCGCCGCCGAGCGAGGCUCCCCACAGCGCCAGCCGCCCCCGGAGGGCUCCGGCUCGUCGUCCAGCGGGACGCAGGGCACCAGCCAGUCCUCCUCCAGCUCGGGCACCCUCAGCUCCCUCGACACGCUCCCCACGCAGGACCUGCCCCCCAUCCCCGAGGACGCCGAGCCCGGAGAGCCCGCCGCGCAGCCGUGGGGCCGCCUCUUCAGCCUGGCGGAGGGCUUCCCCAACUGGGACUGUGUGAAAAAUGAGUAUUGGUUUGGCAGAGACCCAAGCUGUGAUUACAGCUUUGCUAAACUGAAUUUGGCAGAUACAGAGUUCUACAAGCAGUACAGCAAGAAGCAUUUCCGCAUCUUCAGAGAACCAGGACCCAAAAACUGCUUUGUGACAUACAUUGAAGACCAAAGCGCCAAUGGGACAUUCAUCAAUGGAAGCAUUCUGGGGAAGGGCCGGAAGCUUCCCUUGGUGCAUGUGGCUGAAAUUGCCCUCUCCCUGCCCCGGAACAAAGUGUUUGUGUUCUGUGACCUCAUGGAUGAUCAUCAGUUGGAGUAUCCCAAGGAGCUCAGGGACAAAUAUAUCAUAUCAAAAACUUUGGGCUGCGGUGCCUGUGGAGAGGUGAAGCUGGCCUUUGAAAGGGACACCUGUGAUAAAGUCGCCAUAAAAAUCAUCCAUAAGCGGAGGUUUAUGACAGACACUUUGCCAGAGAAUCAGGACAAGCCUUUUAAUGUUGAAACAGAAGUGGAGAUUUUGAAGAAGAUCGACCAUCCCUGCCUAAUAAAGAUAAUAGACUUCUUUGAAGGAGAAGACUUCUACAUUGUGUUGGAAUUGAUGGAAGGUGGGGAGCUGUUUGACAGGGUGCUGCCCCCAGCAAGACUGAGUGAGGCAACAUGCAAGCUUUAUUUCUACCAGAUGCUACUGGCUGUGCAGUACCUUCAUGAACAUGGCAUUAUUCAUCGAGACUUGAAACUGGAGAAUGUACUUUUAGCAUCUCAUGAAGAGAAUUGUCUCGUAAAGAUUACAGAUUUUGGACAAUCGAAAAUUCUUGGAGAAACCUCUCUCAUGAAAACCUUAUGUGGCACGCCUGACUAUCUUGCUCCUGAAGUUCAAAACUUUGCUGGGACAGUUGGCUACGGACGCUCGGUGGACUGCUGGAGCCUGGGAGUGAUUCUCUUUAUGUGUCUCUCUGGCUAUCCACCCUUUUCGGAUAAGAACGCUCGGCUGUCUUUGAGGGAGCAGAUCGCCAGAGGGGACUACUUCUAUUGCGCACAGCUGUGGCAGCACGUGUCAAAAGAAGCUUUUGACCUCGUACAGAAGCUAUUGGUGGUGGAUCCACAGAAGCGCCUUAAAAUAGAAGAGGCCUUGGCGCAUCCUUGGCUUCAGGAUGAAUGUAUGAAGCACACCUUUCAACAGUUAAUUACUCAGACAAAGGGUUCAGUACCUACACCAGAGCUUCCAACGAGGCACCUUCCUAGCAGAAAACGGCACCCUGCAGAGCCAGAACAGCCGGGACCCUCCAAGGCUCAAAAAGUCAAGUGACCAUUUUAAUUGCUGCUUGUGCUCAUUUAUAUAUAUAUAGAUAGAUAGAUAGAUUUAAAAGAACGUUGCUAAAUAAACACCCUUUUCUGAGA